AUGGCCGCCCCCACAACUCACCACUGCCUCGAGCUUCCAGAGACGUGCAACUGCGCCGCCACGGUGAUUGCCCUCUUGGUGCACAUCGCCAGCACGCAGGAGUGGGCUUUCGGCGAGCCUGAGAGCCCGCUGUCGAACUCGCCCGAAUUCCGCCAUAUCAUGAUGCUUGGCUGGGCAGAGGUUGACCCCCCCCCGGUUUCUGUCACGCUCGGGCCGUUGGCUCCGCGCGAGGCCCUGAUCUACGAUCUCGUCCGCCAUUACAACGUCUGGUUACCCUUACUCGAGCGCAUAGAGGGCGGUAGGGAGUCUUCCCCAAUCACAUGA